UGACCUUACCUGUCCAGUUAUUACACAACCAAUACUAUAAAAUCAAACUGUUAUACAAGAACCACACAUACCAACAUGCAUACCAUUCUACUAACAACUGUGUUAUUACCUGUAGUGUCAGGUUUUCUGUUGGAUUCGUUUGGGUUAGGCUCUGCAGUAACGACGGUGUCACAACUGGACGUGAACAAAUAUUUAGGAAGAUGGUUCCAGAUGUACGCUAGCCAAUCUGUUUAUGCUACAUUCGAAAGAAAAGCCGUGUGUGUAACUGCGGACUAUACAAUGUCAACAGAUGGUAGUGGGCAUAUUAAUGUCCUGAACUCGGAAAGACUCAGUGAAGCCAAGGGAGACUUGAAAGUUAUACAUGGAUAUGCUACACCCACCAAAGAUGUCGGAAAAUUAACCGUCCAUUUGGAAACAGUAGGAUUUAAUGCACCUUACUGGGUGAUGAAACUCGGACCAGCUACAUUUGGGCCAGACAACAAAUAUCAGUACGCUCUAGUGUCUGACAAUUUGAAGGCUACUUUAUUUGUUCUAGCACGUGACCCCGUUGUCUUCAAACGUGACUAUGAGGCAGAGGUUAUGCAGUUUCUGAAAAGUGAAGGAUUUACCUCCAUUAUAAACAAACCUGUUAGUACUUACCAUGGGGCGGACUGUACGUACAAUAACGAUCACGUCUAGAACAAUUUCACAAUUAUCAUCAUCCUUCGCAUAUGCGUUGAGCCAGCAAAUGACUCCUGGUUAUAAACAAUAAUGUUUACAUGUAUCAAAGAUUAAUGUUCA